AUGUACUGCGGAUAUUCACAACACGACAACUACUUUGCCCUUUCUCGACUCAUACCCAGCGUUCAAGGCGGAUCCACGACUAGUUUCCUUCUUAUUCUUUUUCAUUUCUUUGUUUCAGUUCAUUCCAUUUCCUCUACUAAUAAUCAUUUUCUCAGCAACCGUACAAAAGAUUGUCACCGAGAUUUUGCCUCCCUCAUCGGGUCUCGCCUUUGGCAAAGAUGCACGCGAUCUCCUAAUCGAAUGUUGUGUCGAGUUCAUCACGCUUAUCUCGUCAGAAGCCAAUGAGAUUAGUGAGAAGGAGAGUAAGAAGACGAUUGCUUGUGAGCAUAUCACGAAGGCUUUGGAGCAGUUGGGCUUUGGAGAGUAUGUGGGUAGUAUUAUGGAGGUUGCUAGCGAGCAUAAGGAACAGUUGAAGGUAUGUUGAGUUUUUCUUUUAUUACUCUCCAAGGGGGGUGAGGGACGGAAGUGGUGCUAUUGUAGUAUUAUAUGGAGGGAUGGGAAUAGGGUUCAGAAUGAUGGCUAAUGACUCGAAAUAGGGACGCGAGAAGAAAGCUAAUAAGCUCGAGCAAAGUGGUCUUUCUACCGAGGCGCUGCUAGCUAUGCAGGAAGCUGCUUUCAAGGAGGCAGCUCAACGUCAUGGAUAGUUCGUUGCGCUACUUGACCCAUUCUCCUGCCUGACGACCUAUAUUCCUCUAUAUGGAUUUGACGGUUGGAGAUUAGGUAUCCACUUGCGCUUUUCUUUUGACUUCUUUUCAUUUCUUUUCGCAGGGUGCUAUGCAUGGUUUAUGGGUUAUGGAUUUCUGUUUCGUGUGCUACACUUGGGGACAUGGCGUUCUUUGGAGAUCUUAAGGCGUGUUCUUGCAUGGAUUUUGAUGGUGAUAUGGGCUGGGAGUGAGUGAGUAAGCAAGUGAGAGCGGAAAAGGGGAAUGGGAAGAAGGGAGAGUGAGCUUGGGAUGGG